AUGACUGGUCAACGUCGCUCCAUCAAAAAAACUUCCACUAGAAAGUCAGAUCUUUUUCCGGAGGAGAGAACGUUCGUCAAUCCGUCAGCUUUGAGUCCUCAUCUAUUCUGUCCAAUAUGUCAAGAGGCUUUCUGUAACCCCCAACGUGCUCCUUGUGGUCAUAGUUUUUGCAAGAAUUGUAUUGAGCCCUGGAUUCAAAAUACUCCUAACUGUCCGGUGGACCGUAAACCGAUUUCAAAAGGAUCAAUGCAUCAUGAUUUUAUUGUGGAAAAUAUAAUAGGUGAUUAUAUGGUCGCAUGUCCUUGGCGUGCACUCGGGUGUGAUUUUAUUGGCCAGUUAUCCCUUUUACCCGGUCAUAAGAAAACAUGUGUCAUGAAUCCAAGUUCUAUGCCUCCAGCUCUACGUGCUCAUACCUCAGCUUCCUUAAAUCAAGUUAAUAGCAAUCAAUCUCUAGAUCUGAAAUCUUGUAAAAAUAAUCAACAGUCGUCAGUAAAAGUUAGUUUUGUGUUUCAGUCACAACUUCCUUUGAAUACAAUUACAACGGCAGAGGGAAUUAUUGAUGGUAAUCAAUGUCCCAAUAUUCAUAGUAUUGAGUCAAGAAAUGGCUCAAGUUCGUACGACGAUGCUCAUGAAGAAAGUCUUAUACUUGUUAGUGAUGAUGAAGCUAAUUUACCGCCUGCUCCACCACCCAGUCUUUUGUUCCGACUAUACCAUAAUUCUGAUUCUAAUAGUCGUGGGUUAUUAUGUGAUUUUAUACAAAAUGGUUCAAAUACUACAACUCAGUCCUCUAGUACUAACAAUAAAAACAAGAAUAGCCCUAAUAAACGAGGACGUAAAAAAUAA